CAAACAUCAAACAAAACACAGAAAAAACAGAAAGAAAGAAAGAACAACCGCAUAAUUGUAUGAAAUACAUUAUCUAACUUCAAAUUUCACUCUUUGACUCUUUGUCGUCUCUCGGUGGAUGGUGAAGGGUAUGUGAAAUUAAGGUUUUUGGGGACUGAAAGAACUAAUCUUUACACCAUUAUUUUGCUUAUUUUUAUGGUUGGUAUGUUUCUCAUGUCUUUGUCCCUUUAAAUUAAUCAUAUGAUAUUUUAUUAUGUGAAUUUUCUCUCUUUUAUACUAUCUUGUAGUUGGUGAAGGAUCACUAUCCAAAUUCAUUUGAUUUAGAUAGUGUUUUCCUAACUCUAUAUGCAAAAAGAAAGAUUAUCUUUGCCUAAUUCAACUUAUAUCUACUAAUUUCCAUCUGGGUUUUUCAAUUGAAUUCUAGUUUCUCCAAAAACCCUUAAAUUUUUAUGCUUCUUGUAUAAUUUUCUGGGUUGUUUAGUGUUUUCCUAACUCUAUAUGCAAAAAGAAAGAUUAUCUUUGCCUAAUUCAACUUAUAUCUACUAAUUUCCAUCUGGGUUUUUCAAUUGAAUUGCAGUUUCUCCAAAAACCCUUAAAUUUUUAUGCUUCUUGUAUAAUUUUCUGGGUUGUUUAGCAGAUUUCUGGUUCUUAGUCUUGAGUUUUUUUUUUUCUCUGGGAAUUGUAGAAAAUGGUUGCUUCAAUUGGGUUUGCUCCAUUGAACUAUGGUGUAGAAGCAUCUUACACUCGGUGCCAAGAUUUUGUUGGUUUUAGACAUUUGAGAAUUGAAGCUUGUUCUAGGGUUUCAAUUACCCCAACUGGGGAUAAAAUGCUGAAAUCUUUAGUCCCAAUUCGAAGUAAAACUAGAGAGUUUAGGCUUUUCAACUCGGUGGAGUUGGACCGAGUUUUGACUAAUGGGGAUGAGGAUGAGAUGAGUGAAGGGUUCUUUGAAGCAAUAGAAGAAUUAGAGAGGAUGACUCGAGAACCGUCGGAUGUUCUUGAGGAAAUGAAUGACCGGCUUUCUGCCCGCGAGUUGCAGCUGGUUUUGGUGUAUUUUUCACAAGAGGGGAGGGAUUCAUGGUGUGCAUUAGAGGUGUUUGAGUGGUUGAAGAAAGAGAAUCGCGUUGAUAAGGAGACUAUGGAGCUUAUGGUUUCAAUCAUGUGUGGGUGGGUUAAGAAUAUGAUUGAAGCUGAAAAGGAAGUUGGGGAAGUGGUUGACCUUUUGGUUGAUAUGGAUUGUGUUGGUCUGAAACCCAAUUUUAGCAUGAUGGAGAAAGCCAUUUCUGUGUAUUGGAAUUUGGGGAAGAAAGAUCAAGCAAUAUCUUUUGUUGAGGAGGUCUUGAGACGCGGAAUCAUGUCCGUAGAAGAUGGUGUGGAUGAUAUACACAGGGGAGGCCCUGCUGGUUAUCUUGCUUGGAAGAUGAUGGAGAAAGGAGAUUACAGAGAUGCCGUGAAACUGGUGAUUCACUUGAGAGAAAGUGGAUUAAAUCCUGAAACUUACAGCUAUCUCGUUGCAAUGACAGCUGUGGUGAAAGAGUUGAAUGAAGUUUCUAAAGCGUUGCGUAAGUUGAAGGGUUUUACUAAAGCUGGUGUCGUUGCUGAGCUAGAUGAAGAAAAUAUUAGGCUCGUCGAGAAGUAUCAAUCUGAUCUUUUAGAUGAAGGGAUUCAACUAUCAAGCUGGUUGAUCCAGGAGGGAAAUGCUUCAGUCCUUAGUUUAGUUCAUGAGAAGCUCCUUGCUAUGUAUAUAUGUGCUGGUCGUGGACUUGAAGCUGAAAGACAGUUGUUGGAGAUGAAGCUUCUAGGUAAGGAAGUUGAGAGGUACUUUUAUGACAUAGUUUUAGCCAUUUGUGCCUCUCAAAGAAAGGAUGAAGCUGUUUCUAGACUACUGACUACAUUAGAAGCUACAAGCCCUUCAUCUAAAAAGAAAACUUUGUCAUGGCUGCUCCGAGGCUAUAUUAAAGGUGGAAAUUUUGAAGAUGCUGCAAAAACGCUAACCAGAAUGCUUGAUUCGGGAUUGCACCCCGAUCACUUGGACCGAAUUGCCGUUGUGCAGGGACUCAGAAGAAUGAUACCACAACACCGGAACAUGGAGAUUUAUCUAAGGCUUUGCAAGCGCCUCUCAGAUGCUGAAUUGAUCGGACCUUGUCUUGUAUAUAUGUAUAUAAAGAAGUAUAGGCUUUGGAUCAUAAAGAUGGUCUAGGUGGUAGUGUAUGGUAGAGUUGCUACUUAAGAAUGUUGCUGUAUUUUUGAUGUGCAGGAAGUGUGUGUAUAUCAGUAUAUGUGUAUAUAGAUGUGUAUAUCACCGGUGUUCGUGACAAUACCAAGAUGUUCGUCCCCGUCCCCUGAUUGUUUUGUACGUGUUAAAAAGACGACGACGAGUUUUUGUUCGUUGAGUAAAAACCACUUGUAUCUUAAUGUUCA